AUGGCCAUUGGGCGCGAGAGUCAGUCAGCUGCCUGCACGGAAUGUAAUGGCAAGCAUCACUUGUUGCUCCACACCGAGCACAAGCCUGCUUCUGACAAGGCUGAGAAGGCGCCACAAUCCACAGAAGAGACCACACAUCAUGGAACCGACUCGGCUGGCGGGUUGCCAAUGACCGAAGACGGCGCAAGCGGGUCAACAUCAUUUAUGACAGUUCCUGUGCAGGUCAUGAACGGGGCACAUUCCGCCAUGGCGAAUGUGCUACUGGACUCUGGCUCGAGCUGCAGCUAUGUGUCAGAGCAGCUCUCAAGGCGACUACAUCUUCAAGGAAACGACAAGGACGUGAGUGUGACCGUACUCGGCGGCAAGGUUCUGCGCGGCCGACGGCGCGUCGUGAAGCUGCACCUUCGCCACCAUGAUAGCAAGGCCACUACUCAACUGGAGGCCUAUGUGAUGCCCAAGAUCACGAGCGAGCUCCCUGCCACCAAUUGGAAUGCCGUGCGGAGCCAGUGGCCACACCUAUCCGGCAUUGAGUUUGCAACUGUAGCUCACGCCAAGGUUGACAUACUCGUCGGCUUGAAUGCCGCUGUACUUCACGUCGCACAGGAGGAGCGAGUUGGCAACGACGGCGAUCCCAUCGCCAGACGAACGCUUCUCGGCUGGGUGUGCUUUGGUCCCAGCAUACGCUCCAAAGGCCCCAGCAGUCACAGCACUUUCCAUGUCGCAGAGGCAACGCGCUCAGGACUGGAUACACUGGUGAAGAAGUUCUGGGAACUUGAAUCAGUCGGGAUGGAGACAUCAUCAGAUGAGUACUUGACACCGGAUGAGCGCCAAGCUGAGAGUAACACCCGCCAGUACAUCCGUCACGUAAAUGGGCGCUUCGAGGUUGCCAUCCCGUGGAAGACAGAGGAGCCGCCUGGGGUCAAGAGCAAUCGAGUUCAAGCUGAGUGUCGACUCAGAUCCUUGGUACGUUCCCUGCAGCGACGGCCUGACGUACAAGUCCGCUACGCCAAGGUACUGGAGGACUACCUUCACAAAUCGUACAUCAGGAUGCUGACAGCACAAGAAGAAUGCAGCGGUGCUACAGACGAGUGGCUCCUUCCGCACUUUCCUGUCGUGUGA